AUGAAUGAUGAUGAAUUUAUACUAAGGCAAACACUCAAAGAGCGUGCUGAGCGUCUAUAUGCAUCGAAAGGAUUGAGAGCUGGUGAUUUAGGGAGAGACGCUUUGGCGAAGAAGACAGAUGAAGCCAAGGAGCAGGCACGGACAGCGGCAUUGGCGAGACUCGAAGGUCACAUCAAGUGCAUUGGCAAUCUUCUGCUGGAUGAGCGAGAAGCUACGCGCGAGAAUGUAGAGAGGAAACAGGCGCGAACUGUCGGGGAAAAUGAAGAGGAUGAUGAAGAGCCUCCGGUUGAAAGCGACGAAGAGGAAAACGAUGGCAUACCCUAUAACCCGAAAAAUCUCCCUCUUGGAUGGGAUGGAAAGCCGAUUCCCUAUUGGUUGUAUAAGUUACAUGGGCUGAAACAUCUCAUACUCAUGCGAAAUAUGUGGUAA